GCCGUCCAUCACCAGGAAAGAAGAAGAAGAAGAAGAUUGUUUCCGGGUGGAAAUCCAAACACAUGAGGCCGCAGUGAAAAGACAGUGGGUGCAGUCAUGACACGGUGGGCGAGAGCCAACAAUGUUCACAAGCACAAACCAGCAGAGGCCACUCCAUGGAGUCAGUUCAAAGCUGGGAGACAAUGUCAUGCAGGUCGCUCUGGUGACAGUGCUGUUGUUAGACAAGUACCGCAGAGGGACCAUCUGAGGAGAAAUCAGCCCAGUGAAUCAGCGGUGACAAAACCCAACCGUAAGAAGGACUACGUCAACGAGGAUGUGAACGGUUUCCUGGAUUAUCUUCACCAGACUGGACAGCCGCUGCCCAGAAAGCCUACAGGAGGGAGGGACUGGGACCAGGAUCUCAGGGAGGAGGUGAAUAUCGCCUUGAAGAAGGACCAGAGAAGAGAGGACAGAAGGAUAAAAAGACAGACGGACAAGAAGAGCACAAUGAUCUGCUUUAACUGCAGGAAGCCUGGUCAUGGUCUGGUAGACUGUCCAGAGGCAGACAGAGAUGAAGAGAUGGGCCGAGGCAUCUGCUACCGCUGCGGCUCGACCGAGCACGAACUCCACAAAUGUAGAGCUAAAGUGGACCCAGCUCUGGGUGAUUACCCGUAUGCAAAGUGCUUCAUCUGUGGUCAGACUGGACAUCUGUCGCGGUCCUGCCAAGAUAAUCCUAAAGGACUUUAUGCACAAGGAGGCUGCUGUCGUGUUUGUGGGUCAGUGGAACAUUUUCAGAAGGACUGCCCGGAACACCAGGCUGCAACAAACUCCGUGACAGUCGGCUGGUUGUCGAACAACAUGAGCGCAGACCACGAAGACGUUCAUGUUCCAGUGAAGAAGGCCAAACCCAAACAGACUAAAGUGGUGACGUUCUGACCUGAGACGAUGGAUGGAUUUGAUCAACACGUAUCUAUGAGUGACUCAAAUGGAUUAAGUAUAUAAUGCUCCUUGUGUAUAACCAUGGUCCUUCUUUAAUAAAGUGCUCUUUGUGUAUA